CACAUGUUUCAGAAGUUGAUUACGUAUAUUAAAAUGCAUGCAUGAUGGACACAAAUGAUGACACAACUCUGGUUAAGGUCGCGCUUCCGAAAGGCGGGCUCCUGCUGCACUCGCAGCGGCUGCUCCGCUUCCUGCCGAUGCUGUCCAUGGCAAUUAAGCUAGGCGCCGUUCCGCAAGCGAUCGAAACUCUUCACGCCAUGAGGAAGGAGCUCGCGGAGACGAACAUGUCGGCGGACGAAGCGGCGGGCACGCUGGCGGCCCUACUGCAAGUUGCUGACGCAUCGGGGGAAACACCGCUUCUUCAAGCAGUGCAACAGCGUCUUGGCGGGGUGGUGGCGGAGCUAUUGGCGUCAGGCGCGCACCCGGCCCAGCCGCGGCUGCAGCCGUCUCUCAACAGCCCACUACACAUCGCAGCACUCAAGGGCGACCUGUCCUCCGUGCGACACCUCAUCAACGCACUGGCGACACUGUCAGCGCGGCAGCCCGCCGCCGUCGUCACCUCGGGGACCGCCGCCGCCAUCACCGCCGCCGCCAUCAUCGCCACCAGCACGGCUGCCGGCUCAUCAGAUGCAAGCGCCAGUGCCGCCGGCAGCCCCGCGGUCGCCAUCAGCCCCGCGGUCGGCAGCAGCAACAGCAGUACCAACACAGGCGGCAGUAGCAACAGCAGCAGUGGCAGUAGCAGUAGCAGUACUAGCUGCGUAGACCUGCAGGCUGCCAACGGCUCCACACCGCUGCUGUAUGCGGCGGGGCGCGGGCACCUGGCGGUGGCGGCGGCGCUGAUCAAGGCCGGCGCUGACCCGCUGCUACCCACCGGCGACGGCGUGAGUCCCCUCAUGGCCGCAGCCAGUGGCGGCCACCCGCACCUGCUGCAGCUGCUGCUGCGUAGCUGUAGCAGCAGCAGUAGCACUGGCUGUGGCGGCGGAACGCAGCCGAGCAAGCUGCUGGCGGCAGUAGCAGCCGCGGACGUGAACGGCACUACGGCGCUGCACUACGCGGCGCGACGCGGCUGUAGCAAAUGCGUGCAGCUGCUGCUGGCGGCGGCGGAGGAGGCGGCGGCUACUGCGGCGGCGCAGGCUGUGGCGGUGGCAGCGGGGGAGGCGGGGAAGGAGGAGGCAGCGGAGGCGGAGGAGCGGCAAGCUGGGCAGGAGGUGGCAGGGGAGCACAAUAGCAGCAGGGCAUCCGCGUCAGCACCAACACCAGCACCAGCUGCUGCUGCUGCUGCCGCGUAUGCGGAGGAAGGAGAGUCCAACGCAGCAUCGGGGACUGCCAGCGAGGCAGUAGCUACAGCAGCAGCACCGGCAGCUACAGCUGCGGCCACAGCUACAGCCGCCGCUACAGCCGUGGCGCAGCGGCAGGUGCUGGGCGAGCUGCUGCGGGGCCGCAACGCGGGCGGGCGCGACGUGCUGGCGGAGGCCCGGCUGUCGUGUGACGUGGAGACGAUACAGGUGAUUGAGGCGCGCCUGGCGACCUUGUCACGGCCGCCGCAGCAGCCAGCAGCACCGGGCCCAGACGGCAGUAGCAGCGCCACCGGUGCAGCAGCAGACCCUGUCGCCGCCGGCAAAGCAGCACAGGCGCCCAGCGGCGGCGCGGGGCGUAAAGGAGGAGGAGGCGGGUCCAAGCCCGUCGUGCCAAAGGCGAAACCGGCUGACGCGCUGCAGUCACCUGAGGUUGCUACAGCCGGCGGCCCCGCAGCCCCCGCGGCUGCGGCCGCCACUGUGGCGGCUGUAGCAACUACUAGGGGUGUGCCGCAAGACCCCGAGCCUGCAGCGGCGGGGACCACCAGCAGUAGCGACACGUCAACAAGAGGAAGCUGUAGCAGCAGUAGCAAAGGCUCGGUGCCUGUGGCGCCUGCAUCGGCACCUGCACCUGCACGGCCUGACGCCAACAGCCACGUCACCGGCAGUAGCACCGACAUCGGCGGCGCCGCUACCAGCACUAGCACUGGCGUCGCAGGAAACGGCAGUAGCAGUGAUGGCGGCUGGAAGCAGGUGGCUGCUAAGCCCACGGCAGCCAGCGGUGGCGCCGGUAGUGCGCGACUGCCAGGGGCUGACUCGGACGCGGUGACAGCGCUGUCAGCGGCGCCAGCGGCUCCUGCUACGGCAGCAGCAGCCACAGGCGGCGGACUGGGCGGCGGCGGCAGCGGCAGCAGUAGCAAGUCGGAUAGGCCCAAGGCGCAGCUGGCGGCCGCGCCCCCCAAAGCGUCAGCCCCGUCGCACCAGGCUACUGCCGCUGCUGCGAAAGCCGCCGCCGGCGCGGGGGCUGUAGCAGCGGGCGUGGAGAAUGGGACGGUGGCGGCCACGCAGCUACCCCUGCAGCAGCAGUGGCAGCAGCAACAACCAAAACAGCAGCCCCCGCCUGGAUCCUGGGCUAGCAGGAUUGCGGCGGCAGCUACAGCCACGCCUGCUACUGCCAAUGGUCCCGCCAGCACUGCGCUCGCUGCUACUGCCUUGGCCGCGCCUGUGGCGGCUGUAAAUUCCAAGGCAGCUGCUGCAUCAAGCGCAACCGCGCAGCGGCAGCAGCACCAGCGGCAGCAGCGGCAGCCAACAGCGCCGCCCGCCUCAUCUUCGUCACCCUCUCCUUCCGCACCAGCAUCCACCCGACGUCAGCAGGCACCGGCGGCACCACCCGGUCUCGCCUUCAGUGGCAGCGCCAGGGGCAGCGUGAAAGCCGCGUCGCCCACGCAGCGCGGUGGUGGCGGGAAAACGCAGGGGGCGCCUUCGCGGCCGCAGCCGCAGCCGCAGCCGCGGUCGGGCGGCGCUGCCGCCGCAGCAACAGCGGCAGGCACGGACGAGCCCGCGGCCGCCGCUGCAGCGGCGGCGGUGGCGAUGGCGGCGGCAGGCGCGGUGGCGUGGGAGGCGGAGGCUAUGGCGCUAAUGGAGGCGGCGCUGCCCUCAGCCUGCGACCUGGAGCUGGCUCCGGCGCACCUGUGUGGCCUGGGUCUGUCGGGCCUCAGUGCGGCGCAGCUGGAGGCGCUGGAGGCCCUGCACCGCGCGGCGCUGGCCAGGGUGUCGGAGGCAAGGCUGGCGCUUGCGGUGGGCGUAGAGGUGGCGCGAGCGGAGGAGGAGCGAGCGCGGCAGAACGAGAUCCGGGCCUUUAAUGACGACCACUCCUGAGCAGCAUGAGCCCGCGGCCUGUCCUGUCCGGUUGGCAAGUUUCAAUAUUUUUAUGUGUGAUUUGUAUUCCAGUUCCAGAGCCUUGUCACGAGAAGUUCCGGCCUAAGCCAGAUGGUCUUGAGAGAGCGCUGCUGUGCGGCGUGGAGGGGUGGCAGCUGUGUGAGCGGGAUGCACAGGGGAUGCCGUUUGCAUCAUCGCAGUACCGUAUUGUGUGUUUGAGAAGGCAGACACUGUGCGCAUUCUUUUGUUAAAUGCAUCUUCGGGUAGCAGGGGAUGGAAGGUGGUGGCAUCGUGGCUGAGAGCGUGUCUGGACAAGUGCAACCGCCGCCGUAGAUUGUGCUGGUGGGGGGAAGUCUGGGAGUACGACGUGGCUGCGCCCGGCGGCCCUACCUGUUCAGGGGCACGUGAGGGCCACUUUUGCAGUCUGUGACGCCCUAUGACACACCAUGAACGUGUGUGACGGUCGCUUGCUGUUGAGCCCUCCCCAGUCCCCAUCCGCCCACUGAGCAGGCAGGUAACAGACACUGAGACACGCCUCA